AUGGCUCCGUUAACGAGUAAAAAGCGAUUCUCCGUUUGGUCCGAAGGCAUAUUCCAUGGUCUACCCGUCUUACCUGACUCAUUUAAAGACCUGCGAGCGGUUGUUGUUGGUGCCAGUGGCACGUCGGGUCAGCCCCUUCUCGAUGUUCUGGCGACAGAUCCGCAACGUUGGAGUCACGUGUACGCUUUAUCUAGAAAGCGGCCGAAGGGGGAUUCUCCAAGUAUCAGGCACAUCCCGGUGGACCUGACCUGGGAGCCUGAAAAUCUGUCUAAAAGUUUGAGAGACAACAAGGUCGAAGCCGACUAUGUCUUCUACUUCGGAUAUGUACAGCUCGCAAAAUCGGAGGCGAACCAGGCCGAAGUUUUUGGAGACCCUAACGAACUGGCAGAUCUUAACGGCAAACUCUUUGAGAAUCUCUUGAAAGCAUUGGACCUAGCCUCAAUCUAUCCGAAACGGAUCGUUCUUCAAACAGGGGGAAAAAACUAUGGCGUACAUCAAGGACAUGUAAACGUCCCGCUUACAGAAGGGGCUCCACGGGUCGAAUUAGAGCCGAACUUUUACUACACGCAAGAAGAUAUACUCUCAAAGUAUGUCGGCACACACCCUGGAACGGCCUACAAUGUCACUAUGCCACAGUGGAUUCUCAGUGCAGUUGCGAACACGAAUAUGACCAUAUUCUAUCCGUUAGCUGUGUACGCUGCGAUUCAACAGAAGUUGAGGAAGCCUUUGCUCUAUCCAGGAGAUUUGGCUUCCUGGGAUAAUAACCAUCCCAUUAUUACUGGACUGCUCUUGGGCAGGUUCUACGAGUGGUUGGUACUGAACCCUGAAACAGCUGGCGAAUCAUUCAAUAUUACCGACGGAUCUGAAUUCACCUUUGGGAGAUUAUGGCCAAUUUUAGCAUCUUGGUACGGCCUUGAGUGGUCUCCUCCGCGGGAAGACGCCAGGUAUAUUGAGCAUGAGACGGCAUUUACGCCGAGAGGAUACGGUCCGAAGGGCAAGCUACGAUUUUCAUUUAGCAUUCUCGAUUGGGCACGUGAGCCUGCCACACGUCGAGCUUGGGCAGAGCUUAGCAAGGAGCAUGGGUUGACCGCAGAUCCUCUUGAUGAUCCUGAGGGCACAUUCGCAUUCUUGCAGUUUGCACUAGAAUUGACGUGGUCGUGGUCAACAAGCAUGAACAAGGCACGAAGCUACGGCUGGUUUGGACACUGCGACUCUGUCGAGUCUAUGAAGAUGGUUUUCUCGAACUUGGCCGAAAUGAAGAUGCUACCGCCGAACCCGUUACUGGAGUCGUGA